CACGGUUCAUCAACCAGGAAGGGUAGCAGCGAGAGAUAAGCCCGCUAGCUACCUAGCAAAUAAUAUGAAAUUAAUGCCUCAAGUUGCGACGCACACCCCGUAGGAACAUAAAGCAGCGCCUGGUCCAUCAGCGCUAUUGCUGGGUCAUGGAGGAGACGAACAGAGAGGCCGUGGCCACGGCUGUGCAGCGAGUGGCUGGCAUGCUGCAGCGCUCAGACCAGCUUGACAAAGUGGAGCAGUACAGACGAAGAGAGGCACGGAAAAAAGGAUCUGUAGAGGCCAGACUUAAAGCAGCCAUUCAGUCCCAGUUGGACGGAGUGAGAACAGGUCUCACUCAGCUGCACAACGCCUUGUGCGACGUGAAGGACAUCCAGAACUCACUGGCUGACGUCAGUAAGGACUGGAGGCAGAGCAUCAACACGAUAGAGAACCUGAAAGACGUCAAGGAUGCUGUAGUCCAGCACAGUCAGCUGGCUUCUGCUGUGGAAAACCUCAAGAACAUCUUCUCAGUGCCCGAGAUCGUAAAGGAGACGCACGAGCUGAUUGAGCGCGGUGAGCUGCUGCAGGCACACCGGCGUCUCAUGGACCUGGAGUGCUCACGCGACGACCUCAUGUACGAGCAGUACCGCAUGGACAGCAGGAACGCACACGACAUGAACCUGAUCCGCGCCUACUUCGACCAUGUGCAGGGCCUGUCCGACGAGCUGGCCAAGCAGCUGUGGCUGGUCAUACAGCGCACCCUGGUGACGGUGCGGCGCGACCCCACGCUGCUGGUGUCGGCCAUGCGCGUCAUCGAGCGUGAGGAGAAGAUUGACCGGCGCAUGCUGGACCGCAAACGGCAGACGGGCUUUAUCCCGCCCGGACGGCCCAAAGCAUGGAAGAACCGCAUGAAUGAGGUGCUGGAGGGGACGGUGAGUGCGCGCAUCGAGAGCACGCAGUCGGAGACGCGUGACUCGGACAAGAUGUGGCUGGUGCGCCUGCUGGAGCUCACGCGCAAGUACGUGCUGGAUGACCUGGUGGUGGUGAAGAACCUGGUGGUGCAGUGCUUCCCGCCGCACUACAACACCUUCCAGCUGUUCUUCGACCUGUACCGCUGCGCGCUGUCGGCCCGCGUGCAGGAGCUCACCACCGAGAAGCUGGAGGCCAACGAGAUUGUCUCGCUGCUCACAUGGGUGCUCAACACGUACCAGAGUGUGGAGAUGAUGGGCCAUCCAGACCUGCAGCCCGAGUGCGACAUAAAGCAGCUGGAGCCUCUGCUGCCACAGGAAGUGGUGGACAGGCUGCUCAGUGAAUACAUGAAGACCUUCACUUCCAACAUCACGGGAUGGCUGCGGAAAGCCCUGGAGACCGAUAAGAAAGACUGGCAGAGGGACACGGAGCCGGAGGCAGACCAGGACGGUUACUACCAGACCACCCUGCCCGCCAUUGUCUUCCAGAUGUUUGAGCAGAACCUGCAGGUGGCCGCUCAGAUUAGCGAGGAGUUCAAAGAGGAGGUGCUGAAGCUCUGCCUGAAGCAGAUGACCUCGUUCCUGGUGCGGUACAGGGACGAGGUAGUGGCCUACAAGGAAGAGCACCUGAAGGACCGGCAGCUGCCCCAGUUCUACGUCCAGUACAUGAUCGCCAUCAUCAACAACUGCCAGACGUUCAAGGAGUCUAUAAACAGUCUGAAGCGCAAGUACUCGCAUUCGACAGAUCCCACUCCAAAUGACGCGGCCAUUGAGAAGACCCUGAGCGAGGUGGCCAAGGAGGGUUGCCAGUUCCUGCUGGAUGAGGUGUUCCUGGACCUGGAGAAUCAUCUGAACGACCUGCUGACCCGGAAGUGGCUGACGGGCUGUCACGCCGUGGACACCAUCUGCGUGACGGUGGAGGAUUACUUCAACGACUUUGCUAAGAUCAAGAAGCCUUAUAACCAGGAGAUGACGGCGGAGGCCCACCGGCGUGUGGUGGUGGAGUACCUGAAGGCGGUGGUGCAGAAGCGCAUCACGUUCAAGAACGCAGAGGAGAGGAAGGACGGAGCAGAGCGCAUGAUCAAAGAGGCCGAGCAGUUCAGCUUCCUCUUUAAGAAGCUUUCUGCCGGUGAGGAUACAGACUGGCUGUGUGGGUCCAUCACUGCCAUUGCGGAGGUGUUCAAGCUUACUGACCCUAGUCUACUCUUUCUGGAGGUGUCCACCCUGGUCUCCAAAUACCCAGAUAUCAGGGAGGAGCACAUCGUGGCCUUGCUGGCCGUCCGGGGUGACGCCUCCCGCGACAUGAGGCAGACUAUCGUGGAGACACUGAACCAGAGCAAGCCCUCCAUCUCCACCCGCUCAUCACCCGUCUUCAGGGACAUCACCGUGCCAACCAUCGCAACCAUGACAGCCAUGGCCGUACCUAAAUUGCUGAAAUAAUAAUCGGGGCCCCUGGGGAGGCCGACCGUUUCACCUCUGAGGUAGCGCCAGACUAACGGGCCAAGGCAGGGGCGUGCCAUCUUUAGGACUUUGCAAUAAAUAAGAAGAGGGCUGUCAGGACUUGGUUUGUUUUUACGAUGACUUGAUGUACAGGAAAUUCCUAGUGUAUUGUUUGUUUGUUUGUUUUCUUUGUUGAACACUAAAAAUACCCUGCCUUCUUCCUGCUUUUCUUAACACUGGACACGAUGUGACUGGAUAAUUGCUUCGCUGCCAUUUCAUCUCUGAUUUCGUUUGGUUUUGUUUUAAACAAACAAACAAACAAACAAACAAAGUUCUCACUGUAAUACUUCUGUAGGUGCUUGGCUUCACUGAAUAAUUUACUUUUUUACAACGCACAUUCACCAAUGUGCGUUAUGUUCGAAACACCAUAAUGCUCCACAUUCCCCGUGACCCUUUCCUAGGUAAGGGAAGCUCACCACUGCAGCGAUCCCAGGAAAGUCACGCAUGAUCCUUUCACACAGAGUUUAGGUAGUACAAGUGGAGCAGCUCCACUCAGAUGAAUCAAAAAUAAAAUGAUUUAUGAUGAAA